AUGGCCUACCGUCAGACCACUCUCACCGACAAAGAAAUCCCCGUUCGAUCCGCGAAAGAUGGCGAGGAACCCGAAAUCAAUCAACAAGACCAUCUCGAAUGUGGUUCAGUGCAGCAGCAGCACGCCAUAGUAGCGUUGAUAACCCUGCGUCCCCCCAAGACACAGAAUCCCGACGAGACCAUGGUCCUCACCCGCGGUUACUAUCAGACUCUGAUAACAGAUCUGGCCGUCCUCCUGCGGCGAAGGCUGUUCAAAAGUGUCGGCAGGAAUAUCAAGGACUCCUCCGAAGUUCUGGUAUUAGGAGAGCUGAAGCGCGCGCCUUCCCGUAAACUGUGGGAUAUCGGGACAUGCCGUCUUACGAGCGAAAAGGGAAAGAAGAGGGUGAGCGAGCUGCUUACAGGUGCCACCAAACAAGCCGAAGCACAGGCAGAGCUUCUUCUCCGCGUCAACGUAGCUCAGCCAGGUGUUUUUCUGUUCGUCACCUCCGGUCCGUUUGCAGCAUAUAGGGCGUACAUGAGAACGACAACGAGGAAACAGUUAUCCUUUGCCGCCAGUGCUCUCGUUUUUGUCGCACAGAGCCAGCUUGACGUCGGCGACGACGAGGAGGAGGAGGAGGAGGAGGAGGAGGGGAGCAGCGAGCAAGCAACCAUCGAGCUUCCACGGCGCAGCGAUUUUAGCUCGGAGAGCGAAUGGAGCGAUUGCGGCAACAUAUUUUCACCCGCAUUCCUCUCAGGGUUUGAAAAGACUCUGAUAUCUGUUUUCUCGAAGAAUGCCUACUCCGCGACGUACAGCGCAGAAUGA